ACCCAAAGAUCCUAUUGGACACUAUGAAUGUGUGUUGUGCGAGUUUAGAGAGUGUCACAAGAUGAACGAGGAAACACAUUAGAGAAUUGGUCAGAGAUUCCUACCAAAGAGGUCUAAUGCGUACUCGCUAACGUACGCGUUUUCAACGCCAGUCCACCAUCUCAGAUCAGCAGCUCCUUUUAACCCCCCCUUUAAUUUCCUGCCGCCGGUGUCUGAUCCCAAGUCUCGCCGCCGGAUUUCCCUUCAAUCGAACUAUAUUAUUUACAAGGGCAAGAUAACAAGGAAUAGAACCAUGAGUUGCUUCGGGUGUUGCGAGAAUGAAGAUGACAUGAAAAGGAUUCCUGAUAAUGGAAAUUACAUGCCACAUAGCUCAGCAGGCCCUAUAGGUCAACAUGCAACUGAAAGUGCACAAAGAGAGACACCGCAGGUGAAUGUCCUCCCUAUUGAUGUCCCCGAGAUCUCAUUUGAUGAGUUGAAAGAAGUCACCGACAAUUUUGGCUCGAAUGCUUUGAUUGGUGAGGGGUCAUAUGGAAGGGUAUAUUAUGGUCAACUUAAAAUUGGCCGAAAUGCAGCCAUAAAAAAGCUGGACUCAAGUAAGCAGCCUGAUCGAGAGUUUUUAGGACAGGUUUCCAUGGUAUCAAGACUUAAACAUGAAAAUGUGGUUGAGUUACUCGGUUACUCUGUAGAUGGUGGUCUUCGUAUAUUAGCCUAUGAGUAUGCUCCAAAUGGAUCGCUUCACGAUAUUCUCCAUGGGCGAAAAGGUGUGAAAGGUGCGCAACCAGGUCCAGUGCUGACAUGGGCCCAAAGAGUGAAGAUUGCUGUUGGAGCUGCUAAGGGACUCGAAUACUUGCAUGAAAAGGCUCAACCUCAUAUCAUUCACCGUGAUAUAAAAUCAAGCAAUGUUUUGCUCUUUGAUGAUGAUGUUGCUAAGAUUGCAGACUUUGAUUUAUCAAAUCAAGCCCCUGAUAUGGCAGCACGCCUUCAUUCCACCCGUGUUCUCGGGACUUUUGGCUAUCAUGCACCAGAAUAUGCAAUGACUGGUCAAUUGAGUUCCAAGAGUGAUGUUUAUAGCUUUGGUGUCGUUCUUCUUGAACUGCUAACUGGACGUAAACCUGUUGAUCCUAGUCUUCCUCGUGGACAGCAGAGUCUUGUAACAUGGGCCACACCAAGGCUGAGCGAAGAUAAAGUAAAGCAGUGUGUUGAUGCUAAACUGAAAGAUUGCUGCCCUCCAAAGGCAGUUGCAAAGAUGGCUGCAGUUGCUGCAUUGUGCGUGCAAUAUGAAGCCGAUUUCCGGCCAAACAUGAGCAUUGUGGUCAAAGCUCUUCAGCCUUUAUUGAAUCCUCGAUCCGGACCUUCCCCCUGCUGACCAAAAGCGCCCCCCUCCCCCCUGUUUAUUAUCAUAUUUCGAAUCGAAGAAUGAUUCAAUCUGGUUGUGUCAUUUGUGUCUGUUUUUUGCCAUUUUGAUGCAUAUAGUCGUUAUGUAGAUGCACAGACCAAAACUGCAUCGCCGUCAUUCCUCUUAGAUUGUGAGUAUUGUGUAUCUAUCUUAUAUCAACAAAACAGUGAAGUUUGUAUGAACUGAGAGCAUCAAACCUUAAUUCAGUAAAUCAUCUCUCUCCUA